AUGUUACCGCGUUCGAAGUACAAGUCCAAUAGCGGUGCAGGUCUACUGAACACCGUAAUAAAUAGUCUACCGUUUGAAUUACAUCUGCCCGGUUAUCAGUACUGCGGGCCGGGGACCGAUUUAAAAAAAAGACUCGCUCUCAGCCAGCCGGGAAUAAACGGUUUGGACUCGGCGUGCAGGGAACACGACAUAGCUUACGAAAAAAGUAAUUCUUUGUCCGAUCGCGGUGCGGCCGACAGUGUAUUGGAAGAACGUGCUUGGAGCAGAGUGGGCGCGAAAGACGCCGAUUUUAAAGAAAAAGCCGCCGCGUGGUUUGUAACGACGGGUAUGAAGGCUAAACGCAAAAUCGGUGCUGGAUGUGGGUUCUCUAGUAUUGUCGGCGUGUGUAAAAAAGCGUUAAAAAAAUCGUUAAAAUCGUGUUCGGGAACACCGAAUAUGAACAGUUUAAUUAAAUCGACUGUCCUAGUCGCGCGAAAACAUGUAAAGUCUGUGGGGACUCGAUCGAAAAAUAAAAAUAAACCGCCUCGCGUCAUCAGAGUUCCGAAAACGGGGGGCUCUUUAACUUUAAUCCCGGUGUUGGCGGGACUCUCGGCGCUCGGCACCCUGGCCGGCGGCGUUGCUAACAUCGUUGAACGAUACGCGGUAUUAGAUCGGACGUCGGCACAUCCGUGCAUUUAGGCAAAGGCGUGUAUCUAAGGCCGUAUAAAAGCGCGGGCUCGUAUACUAUAGCACGGAAAACCAGCGCUAUUACAUCGCGGAUUAACAAACGAAAAAAAUCGGUGACGCGAAAAAAACAAAAUAAUAAAUCUCGAAAAAUUAAAUCUAAUAAACAAAAUAAUAAAUCUCGAAAAAUUAAAUCUAAUAAAAAAUCGUUGAAAUCGAAAAACUAACUCUGCCCAAUCGUGCCCUUUACGAUUUUGAAAUUAGUGAAUACGCUAAACGCGCGAAAAUAUCUCAUUUCAGAGGCGUAUAUUGCAUAGACAGGUUGCCCGUCGCACCUAGACGCGAAGAAGCUGCUGUCGUUAAUCUAGACUUUGAAAAAAAUAAGGGUACGCAUUGGGUAUGUUAUAAAAAAACCGGAAAAUCAGUUUUGUAUUUCGACAGUUUCGGUAAUCUCCGUCCUCCAUUAGAGUUGGAAAAAUAUUUUAAGGGCUGCGAUAUCGAAUAUAACUACGAAAGGAAGCAGACAUACGAUACUUUUAAUUGCGGACAUUUAUGUUUAAAAUUUUUAACCGCGAAACCAUAAUAAUAUAUAGUUAAAUAAUAUAAUAGAAUUUAAAAUAUUUAUACAUUUAUUAUUUAAAUUUUCACCACGCCGGCAUGUCGUCGCAAACAGUAUCGUUGAGCGGUAACAGUUCCGAAUUGGAAUGUCAUUUUUUCCCGCCCCUAGAAUUGCCCGAUAAAUCCGUAAUCGGACUUUUAAGCAUCCAGACAUAUAAUUCUAUACCUAACGUCGAAGCCGGAUGCGAUACUCUACAUAUUAUACACGGUGGGCUGCAGGGGACGACUAAGAUUAAAAUACCGACUGGAUGUUAUGAAAUAAUUACUCUGGAAACUAAAAUACGCGGACUUUUGAAAGACAUCGGUGUA